AUGGGCAUUCUUCAACACAAGACCAGAAUCCUUUGCACGCAUCAUUUGAAAUAUCUCCAUGAUGCUGACGUGAUUGUUGUCAUGGAGCACGGGAGGGUCGCCCGUAUUGGUCCGCCUCAUCAAGUAUUGAAAGAAGAGACUUUGAUAAGAAAAAUGUCUGCCAGUGGUAGGUGGAGUGAUUAUAAUUGUUUCAAAAGCCAAUCCUUCUUAACGAAGAUUAACAAUAGAUAAACUGCUUCAUCAAGCACGAAAUAAGUCACAGUGCACGAUUCCGCAAAACUACAUUAUUUUUCUAGUGAUAGACAUUAUAUAGACAUAGUAGAAUUGUAAAUGAAAGGUUGUUCAAGCAGCAAUAUUAUAGAAGUUCAGAUUUGACUUAAAACUAUUAUCCAAUCAGAUGCGUUUCAUAUGUCCAAUUAACCAAUCAGAUGCAUUUGCUAUAUCAGAUUAACCAAUCAGAUGCGUACUUAGCCAGUUAGAGGUUGUGGUAGUGGAAGUCAGAUAUGAACUUCUACAUUUGAACAACCUUUUGUUUGCAAUUCUACUAGGCCUAUGGCUAUAAGGAUGUGUGCCACUGUUUUGGCUAUAAGGUAUGCCUGUUUUGGCGCGCCUUAUAUAGCUACUGUUUGUGGCCACUGGGCACGCCUGUUGAACUUCGAAACUGUUUCGGCAUAUAUAAGAUCCAUUCAACUUAUUUCAAUGCAUCAAAAUCAUCCUGCCAUCUCGUGCUGGCAAACCUCGAUCAUGUCAACAGCUCCUUCAAAUCACUAAAAUUUUCCCUACAAUUACCAGACGACGAGAAAGGUGAUGGUGAUGCCAAUGAAGAAGAGAACGUUGAAGGAAAUGAUCCAGGUUUAGUUGAAGAAGAAGAAAAAGAUGUUGGUGUUGUGAAAUAUGAUGUUUAUCGUUCAUACUGGCGCGCAGCCGGCGUCUGUCUUACAUUCAGUAUUUUCUUAUCUUUGUUUCUUAUGCAAGGUGAGGAGUAAGGCUGGCGUGGCACAGCUGUUAGGACAUUUCAUAUAGGCAAUUCCACCUCAGUCACAUGUGAGAACAGUGUUUCCAGUUUGAUUCUACCAAACACCACAAGUUUUCUCCUUUAAGCUACUAAUAAGAUCCUUACUGGACCUCUCGGGAGAACAGUUUGGAACUGAUAGGAUUAUCCAGUAUAAAUAAAGUUAGUUUAGUUUAGGUUUCCUCUUGUAGUAACACUGGAUCAAUAAGAGAUGAUCCUUACUGGACCUCUAGGAAGAACAGUUUAGAACUCAUAUAGUUUAGGAUUCUUCCUGUAGUAACGUUUCCAUGAUUUUUCUAUCUCUUACUAGCAUCUCGUAACAUCAGUGACUGGUGGCUAGCUUACUGGAUCUCUCACGAUAAACAUUCACCAUCAACCAAUCACACGUCCUCAUCUGAUCGCGUGUUCUUGUUCUCGUCAUCUCAUGGCACUAGUUCUGUCGAACCUGACGAUCUCCACGCGAUGCACGUUUAUGUUAAGAAAGGAAGUCUGACUUUUUAUUUGGUUGUUUAUGGCGGAAUAGCUUUUGCAAACACG